AUGAAGGAUGAAACAGUCCUGCGUAAAUCACAUCCAAGGGAGAAAUUCACUCAUGAAGAGGAUAACAAGAUCCUCAAGCUUGUACAGAGAUACGGAGAGAACGACUGGAAGAAAGUCGCAUCCAAAAUGAAAGGUCGUAAUGUCAGACAGUGUCGUGAAAGGUUCAAAAACUACUUAUCUCCCAACAUUGAUUGGAGUGGCUGGUCAGAGGAUGAAGAUAAGCAAUUAAUUGAAAAAUACAGAGAAAUGGGUCCAAAAUGGAAAGUUCUUUCCAGCUUUUUCCCCAAGAGAACAGAGAUCAUAGUUAAAAAUAGAAUGAACAAAAUUUUAAGGAAAAUUAAUAAAGGUAAAUAUAGAAACACCAUGAUGCCUGAAUACUCCAAUCCACAGGCUUCUCACCAAGAUGCCAAAAGUGAAGAGGAUUAUGCCUUGAAUCAGUUGGAAUUGGAAUUCCGCAAGGCUAGAAAAUCAUUUUUCGAAGUUGCAGGUAUUACUCGCAAUGAUUUUGACCCCAACUUCGAAAUCUUGGAUACUCCAGAAUUUGUCUACUAA